UAUGUAGGCUCAAUGAUAUAAAUAGAAGACAUUUAUCAUUGGAACAAACAGAGUUUAAUCAGAGCGUCUUCAGCUUCUCAGAGAAUAUUAUCUGUUCGUUGAAUUAUAAAAUAUUGACAAAAUGAAGAGUUAUUCUCACGCAUCAAGUAUUCGUCAGCUAAGUUACGAAACUAUUCCAAAAAGAUUGUUUCGUUUUGCGCUUGAAGAUCCGGAAAAAGUGGCAUUUGCUUAUUAUGACAACAAAAUGCAACGAACACAGAUAACAAGGAGAGAACUCUACGAAAGUACUGAAGUGUUUGCAAAGUUUCUUGUGGGAAAAGGAAUCAAGAAAGGUGAUCGAAUUGCCCUCUGUGUAUCGAACUGUGUUGAGUGGAUGGCAUAUGACAGCGGCAUUAUGAUGGCUGGAGGAUGUUCGGUGAGACUCUGGGCAGGACAAGCGGAUUUCUUACCCAUGCUAGAAGAUUGUGUGGCAGCUGUUUUUGAUUCAGAUCCAGCCUUUUACAAUAAAUUACUUAAGGUAGCAGAUAUUUUCGAAAACGGUAAUGUGGUCAGUGAAACUUUUCCAAAACUGCGUUUAGCUAUAAACGUUUCUGAAAUAAAGUCUCUACGUUCAACCAACUGCCAAACAUUUAACUUUCCCCACAUGGAACCCGAAGAUGUUACAAUCAUUGUGCAAACAUCUGGGUCAACAGGGAAACCUAAGCGAGUUACUCAUAGCAGCUUUGAUGUCAUCAACUGUGCAGAGUGUUAUUGUGAUGGAGCUGGUAUAACAUCGAAUGAUGUAGUUUUUAAUGAACGUUAUAUGGGCUUUGGUGGAUCAUAUCCUCUCUCAUUUAUAGCAACUGGGUGCAAAUAUGUCUCUGCAGAUAUGUGUAGCUUAAACUGCCCAAAGGAUUUCCAGAAACUUAAGAAUCUCUUAACGAAGGAGAGCUGUAAUAUUUCAUCUAUGAUUCCAGCUGAUUUACGUUUAUGUACAGGAGAUAAACCGAUUUUAGAUUUAGUUAUGUUAGCUGGUGAUAUACCUACCUAUGAUGCUAUGAAACAAGGUUUAUCUUGGACAAAAACUAUUGACAACUUUCUUUCAACUGCCGAAACCCUAAUGAUUGCAGUGAAGAGAUUCAGUAAGAAUAAUAUUGGGGAAUAUUUUCCGGGACUCAUAGGUCCACUACUACCUAAUGUGGAAGCGAAAAUUGUUGAUGACCAUAACGAUAUUGUCGAUAUCGGAAAAGAAGGUUAUUUAUGUGCACGAAGUAGGUGGUGUACGAAGGUUUCAGCUGAUGGAAAAUCAGUUCUAGAUAAUGGAUGGUUUAAGACAAGAGACAUUUGUAAAAUGACUGAGAAUAAGGAAAUAAUUAUGCUUGGCAGAGACGUUGACUUCAUUCAGAAGUCAGCUAGAAAAAUAUCAACUAAAUUUGUUGAGCAGCAUGUACAGCGUCACCCAGAUGUUGAUUGUGUUGUAGUUGUUCCUAUCCCGGAUGAAGAACAUGAAUUAAAAGUUUGUGCUUGUGUCAUUAUGAAAACUGGGAAAAAAUUUGAUGAGAAGUCAAUCCUUAAGUUCUGCAAUGAGCAUAUGCCUCAGCCAAGUUACUUCGAUUAUGUAACAUCCACCCCUGACUGUAUUAUACAGUUUGAUAGGUUUCCUAAACUAGGGAACGGAAAAGUUGACAGACUUUCAACAAAAGAUUUAGCGAUUAAUCGUUUAACUUAGAGUACAAAAUUGGGUGAUGUAAGGAUAUACCCCACUGACUAUUUCGAUUUCUUUUCUUUUUGUUCUUGGUAAUUAAAAAUGAAAUGUUUUCAUUGAAAGUAUAUUGUGAGAACUGAUCAGAAAUUAACUAAUAAUUACACAGCUAACUUUAAUUGUGAUUAUAUUUUACAAUAUUACUACAUACUUGCAUUUGUUUUAUCUAUAUACUAAUAGUGCACUUUGAUAACGGAAUUUAAAACAUAUUCCUCAUGACUUUUUAUUCUUAUUUUAUUGUUUGAUGUUUUCGGGUAAGAAAACCGUCACGAUAUUACUUUUCCUCUUCUAUAAUGCCAUAUGUAGGCGGUUUUUUUAAUUUAUA